UUGUCGAGUGAAGAUACCUCAUUCAUUCAAGAAUAGAACAACACCACCCUUUGCACUGCUGCUCAGCUGUGACUGCAAGAAAUCCACUGUGAUGAACUAUCAUACUCAGCCAAUUAGUGCCCCUCCCUAAUGUCUCUUGGGCACAACAAUAUCUUCCAGUAAUCAAUAGCAACUACCAUUUAGGAUGUAAUGAUGCUUAGUAUCUGAUGCAGCUACUGUGUGGUUAUACAGAGGAUGCAACAGGAUGGGUGCAUGUUGUGGAUGAGCUCUCUUUCUGUGCUUUAAGAAGAGAGACUGUCAUACUCCAAAGUGCUGCAGGAAAAAAGAGCUUGUUCUAAAAGUUUGGUGAUGGGAGAGAACAGAGGGCCUAAUCCCGUUCAGACACUAUUCCCCAUUCAAAAGGUGCAAACACUGAAGUCUGGAUGGCUGAAAAAAAGGAGAAAUAUUAUGAAGAACUGGCAACAUAGAUGGUUUGUCUUAAGAGGACAGGAGCUGCGAUAUUACAAAGAUAAAGAGGAAGGCAAAUUGCAGGGCUGUAUACCACUUCUGGGAUUCCAAGUGCUCGAAGUCAAUUCUCAGUCAGAAGAGACCAACAGAUAUCUGUUUGAAAUUGUCCCAGGUGACAAAGUGACAGUAAAUCAUGAAACCUUUCUUCUUAUGGCCAAUUCACAUCAUGAGAUGGAGGAUUGGGUGAGGGCCAUACGCAAGGUCAUUUGGGCUCCAUUUGGUGGAGCAGUUUUUGGACAGAGGCUAGAAGAAGCAGUCAACCUGGAGACAAGCCAUGCUCCCCUCGUGGUCGAACAGUGUGUAGAUUUUAUACGUGAGAAUGGGUUGCAAGAGGAGGGACUAUUCAGAUUGCCAGGACAAGCCACACUUGUAAAAGAACUUCAAGACGCCUUUGACUCUGGAGCCAAACCAACAUUUGAUAAGAAUACAGAUGUACAUACAGUAGCAUCACUCCUCAAACUCUACUUGCGGGAACUACCAGAACCUGUGAUCCCAUUUAGCAGAUACCAAGACUUCUUGAGAUGUGCACAUACUUUGUCAAGGGAUCAAGAAGAGGGCACACAGGAAAUAUGCAUUUUGAUCAAAGGUCUGCCUCCUGUCAACUACAAUCUUUUGAAGUACAUCUGUAGUUUCCUGGAUGAAGUUCAGUCUCAUUCAGACACCAAUAAGAUGAGUGUGCAGAAUCUAGCCACUGUUUUUGCUCCUAAUAUCUUAAGACCAAAACUACAGGACCCAAUAGCUCUCAUUGAAGGAGCUUCUUUAAUUCAGCAUCUUAUGACUAUUCUGAUCCGUGAGAACCAGAGGAUUUUUCAAGCAGUUUCUUCUGACUCUCCUGCUCGUGAAUCUGUACAACAGAUUGACACUACACAAUGUAUUCAAGAUGCAGGUACAGCAAAGUUUCAGUCCUUGGAGCCAAUUCUUUAUGGGAACCAUGAACAAACGCGAGCAAAAAGUCAGAUAUUUGCCAACUGGAAGGCAUCGUUCAUGUUAUCCAGUAGUAAAUCCGUUUUCUCAAGUUGUGAUUCUUCCAACCAACCACCAAGUGGAUCGUGGCUGCAAAAUGGUUUUUCUUCCCUCCGCAGCCAAAGAGAAAAGGAUUCUGCCAAAGCACAACGAUUGUCAUCAUAUGAUAAUGUCCCAUCAUGCCUGCCAUCACUGCCUAGCAGUAACUGGUCCUCAUUCAGCAAUGUCUCCUUGAAUGACUCUUUGGCCAGCUGCCAAGCUUGUGAUGGGAGCCAGGUGUCUCAAGGUUCAGGAUCUGCAUGGCACUUGUCCCUAUCAGAGAGUGAAAGACGUACCUUGCCACUGGCCAGCAGUAUAGAGAGACUUGAGCUGUGUGUGAGCAGCAGUGGCCAAAGUGAUACUACAUUGACCUCGGAUUCUGGUGAGGUCUGGAAUACAUGUCACAGGAUGGUGACAGAGUUGAAAGAGCAGUUAGCCAAGCAGCAAGUUGAGUAUGAGAACAAAAUGACAAGUUUGGAAAGAUCAAGAGCUGAAGUGCUUGUCCAAGUCAGAAGCCUUCAAGACAAACUGGAGCAGGAGAAGAAUCGUUGCACUUUGCUUGAAAUCAAACUGAGAAACUCAGAGAGGGGGCGUGAGGAUGCAGAAUUCAGGAACACUGUAUUGCAGAAAGAGAUGGAAGAAUUCUUUCAGACUCUGGGAAACCUAUCUCAGAAUAGGACCUCAAAGUAUCCAAAUAAAGAUUACAUAUAAAAGGCGGGAAAUUUAAGAACCUUGAUAUACACAUGAGAUAUUUGCCAAGAAUAUGUCAGAACUCCACAUGAGUUAAGUUUAAAAAUAUGCAUUAAGACCAAAUCUCAGGGAGCCUAUUAAAACACCGGAAAUGAGAUUUAAAAUCAUGUGUAAACCAUAUGCAAAGAACCCGAACAAAUAGCACCUUCUUAAGAGAACUCCUAACUCAUUUCUUGGAUUGAAAACAUUUGAACCACUCUACUUUUUGCACAAUACCCUUAAGUGCCACAGCAUCCCCAAAAUAUAAGGGAAAGCCAUUCUAGCACUAGUAUUAUCUGUUAUACUAAUUAUGCAUGUCAAUUAUUCAUGGUGACAAUGUAUGUAAAGUUAAAGAUAUAAGAGAAACUAAGUAUCUGUAGCAUUAAAAACACAGAUGGGA